UCAAGGAGAACGCACACGCUUUUCUAGACAAGGAGAUGGAGAAGCUCUGGCGGGUUCUCUUCCCGGAUGACCCACAAUGCUCAGAGAGUCAGGGGGAGGAAGAGGAGGUGGAUGGUGAGGAAGACAAGCAGAGGAAGUGCGCCAGAGAGGGAGUGGUUGACAUCACACUGCUCUGCAUGAAGCAGUUGAAGCUGGAGGAACUGGCCGACACGUUGUGGAGCAAAAAAGUAGCUGAUGAGUGCCAACGUAAAAUCAAGUCUCAUCUGAAGAAGAAGACCCAGUGUGUGUUUGAGGGAAUCGUAAAAGCAGGAGAGUCAAGACCUCUGAAUGAGAUCUACACAGAGCUCUACAUCACAGAGAGAGUUAGUGGCGAGGUCAACAAGGAACAUGAGGUCAGACUGAUUGAAGCAGCUUCCAGGAAACCAGCAAAGCAGGAAACACCAAUCAGAUGUGAAGACAUCUUUAAACCCUUACCUGGAAAACAUCAACCAAUCAGGACAAUAAUGACAACUGGAGUGGCCGGCAUUGGUAAAACCAUCUUAACACACAAGUUUACUCUUGACUGGGCUGAGGGCAAAACCAACCACAAUAUAGACUUCACAUUUCUCUUCACUUUCAGAGAGCUUAAUUUACUGAGAGAUAAAAACUUUAGCUUGGUGGAACUUCUUCAACACUUUUAUAUUAAUAUUAAAGAAGCAGCAAUCUGCAGAUUUGACCGGUUCAAAGUUGUCUUCAUCUUGGAUGGUCUGGAUGAGUGUCGACUUCCUCUAGACUUCCAGAACAACCCGAUCUGUAAUGAUGUCACAAAGUCCACCUCGGUGGACGCGCUGCUGACAAACCUCAUCAUGGGCAAUCUGCUUCCCGACGCUCGCAUCUGGAUAACCACACGCCCUGCGGCAGCCAAUCAGAUCCCUGCUGAGUGUGUUGAAAUGGUGACAGAGGUGAGAGGGUUCACCGACCCACAGAAGGAGGAGUACUUCAGGAAGAGAUUCAGAGACGAGACACUGGCCAGCUCAAUCAUCUCCCACGUCAAGAAAUCACGAAGCCUCCACAUCAUGUGUCACAUCCCGGUCUUCUGUUGGAUCACUGCUACAGUUCUGGAAGACUUCUUCAAAACAACCCAGGGUGAAGAAGAGAAGCCCAAGACCAUGACUCAGAUGUACAGCCACUUCCUGAGGGUUCAGUCCAUACAGGGGGACAGGAAGUAUCGUGGGAGAGCUGAAACAGAUCAUCCCUGGAGUUCAGAGAGCAAGGAGAUCAUUGAUUCUCUGGGAAAACUGGCUUUUAACCAGCUGGAGAAAGGCAACCUGAUCUUCUACGAGGCAGACCUGGCAGAGUGUGGCAUCGAUAUCAGAGCAGCCUCAGUGUACUCAGGACUGUUUACCCAGAUCUUUAAAAAGGAGUGUGGGCUGUACCAGAACAAGAUGUUCUCCUUUGUCCAUCUGAGCGUCCAGGAGUUUCUGGCUGCCCUAUAUGUUUUCUGGUCCUUCAUCAAAGAUGGUGGCAAUCUGCUCUCAGAAGAACCACCAACCAUCAGGGGAGAUGAACUCCUCCUCUACCAGAGUGCUGUGGACAAGGCCAUACAGAGUGAGAACGGACACCUGGACUUGUUCCUCCGCUUCCUCCUGGGCCUUUCUCUGGAGACCAAUCAGAAUGUCCUACGAGGUCUGCUUGGAGCGACAGGAAGUAGCCCACAGACCAAUCAGAAAACAGGGUCUUACAUCAAUAAGAAGAUAAGUGGAGAUCUCUCUCCAGAGCGAACCAUCAAUCUGUUCUACUGUCUGAAUGAGCUGAACGACUGUACUCUAGUGGAGGAAAUCAAACCGUGCUUGACAUCAGGAAGUCUCUCCAGAGAAUCUCUCUCCCCUGCUCAGUUGUCAGCUGUGGUCUUCAUCCUACUGUCAUCAGAAGCAGAGCUGGACGUGUUUGACCUGAAGAAAUACUCUGCCUCAGAGGAGGGUCUUCUGAGGCUGCUGCCAGUGGUCAAAGCCUCCAAAACAUCUCUGCUGAAUGGCUGUAAUCUGUCAGAAAGAUGCUGUGAAGCUCUGGCCUCAGUCCUCAGCUCCAACUCCUCUAGUCUGAGAGAGCUGCAGGAAGGCUUUGCUUCUCUGGCCUCAGCUCUGAGCUCCAACCCCUCUCAUCUGAGAGAGCUGGACCUGAGCUAUAAUCAACCAGGAGAUCCACGAUCUACACUGCUCCCGGCUGGACUGGAGGUUCCAUGCUGGAGCCUGAAAACGCUCAGUGUGGAGCACGGUGGAGUGUCGAGGAUGAAACCAGCUCUAAAGAAGUGUAAAUGCCUGUGA